UAGACCCCGGUACUAAAAACAAUUCUGCGUUUCUUUACGGAUUUUAAAACAUGUAACACCCCACUAAACUCAACGAAGACAACACAACAAUUACUAUUUCCAGCUCUUAAAAGUUAUGGCAGGAUAAGUGUUCAUGGAGAAAAAUAAUUGGAAUUUAUUUUAAUUUAACUGAUCUAUAUACAGACAUGAAUGAUGAAUCUGUUUCUUCAGAAUACACAUCUAUCACUCCAUCAAGAACGGACUGUGUGUACACGAGCUGUUACUGUGAAGAGAAUGUGUGGAAGCUGUGUGAAUAUAUCCAGCAUCAGGAGACGUGUCCACUGGACCAAGUGCAUGCAGUCUUCAUAUCAAAUGAAAAGAAAACAAUCCCGAUUUGGAAGCAGAAAUCGAGCGGAGGGAAUGAACCUGUGAUAUGGGAUUACCACGUCGUGUUACUGCACGUGAGCCCGCAAGCACGGAGCUUUGUGUACGAUCUGGACACCACCCUUCCUUUCCCAUGUCUUUUACACGUGUAUUCAAUGGAGGCGUUUCGAUCAGAUGUGCUGCUAAAACCAGACUUUCGGAGGAAAUUGCGUGUCAUACCAGCUGACACCUACUUGAAGACGUUUGCUUCGGACAGAUCUCACAUGAAGCAUUCUAACGGGGCAUGGCGUAUGCCCCCACCUCCAUAUCCUUGCAUAGAAACAACAGAAUCCAAAAUGAACCUGGAGGAUUUUAUCAGCAUGGACCCGAACGUGGGCGUAGGAACAGUGUAUAAGCUUUCUGAGUUUGUGCAACACUUUGGAGCUAAAUGAGGAAUUUUGGAAGCAGGAAAUAAACCGCAUCCCAAUCAGAACCGUGACGUUUCAGGAUAAUAACUAAUGUGUAUAAUGUGUAAAUGUGUCUGAUUUCAUGUUUACACUGUCAAAGCUCAGAGCACAAUGUAAAUAAGUUGUUUACUGUUUGUAAAUUGCUUAAUUCUUCAAUUAAAUAAAACGGGAAACAGUUAA